GGAGGAGGAGCUGCAGAAGAGGUGAGCCAUCUUCCCCCGGCAGAUUGAUUCACUUCGCGAGAGCCUGGUCAAGAAGAGAAGGGGAUUAAUCUGAAGAGUCGGGUGUCAUUUGGAGGCAGCGACGAGUGGAAGAAGACAGGUGAAAGUCUGAAAGGAAUAUGUCCUAAGGACUCAUCAGAAUGUUUCCACCAGAGCUGACGAAGGAAUAUAGCAGCUUUUAACGUCAGACACAGACUCCCGUACAAAGAACGGAAAACAUUGAGCUGGGAGCGGGGAUUAAUAUCGUAAUCUGACCCGAAUAUAGCCUAAAAAUAAAUUCCAGAUAGUAGGUUAUAUAGAUAAGCACGGAGUCCCUGCAGCAGGAGAGUUGUUGAGCACCAUCAGUAAAUGUAAACAAACAGCUAUACAAGCUAGCUGAAGUUAGCCGAUUGAGGGGUUAGCGUUCUACUGCUAGUGUAUAUAGCUAGCGUAAGGUUGUAGGACAAAGUCAAUUUAAGACAGUCCGAACCGAAUCAUCCUGGUUUAGGGUGUAAACCCAUAUUAAGUCUCAAUGGAAUGUUUUUAGAGAAUGACAGCAUUUUCUUUAAUCUCAGUAUGUUGUUAUUAGCACAGUUAGCAUGUAGCCUAACGUCGGCUAAAUGGUAUUUGCGCUAGCAGUGCAGCAUAAUAUCAUUAUAAAUAGCACAGCAAAAGGAAAAAAAAAGAAGACAUUUGACAUUUUCGGCGCUACGUGGGCUUUUCACCUCGUAAAUUACAUUUAAUUGUGGCAGAGAUAAAACACUUGUAGAACUGGUGUAAUGCUAAAAUCUGUAGCCCCAGCGUCGUCCAGCUGAUUGGCUGAAAACAGGAGGACGUCGGGAUGAAAGCAAACAACUAUUGACUUCUUAAAGAUCUAAUAUUCUGAAAGCUCUGUGCUGUAUUCGUGUUAGUAGCUUAACUUUGAGAGGAACAUUUCAUUUUUAUAUGGCCUUCUUCGCUCCUCUGUCCUCUCAGCAUUUGCAGUCAAAUUGAGAGGAGGGUCUGCAAACAGAGUACCAACUCAGACCGGCAGCAUGGAGGAGGUCGUUAAAUCGAUCUAUUAGUUUGAUUUGAAUAUAAAACGACAUCUAAAACUUGAAAAAAGUGGCGUAUGAACAGUCUGUAAUUACAGCUUAGGUGUUCGCCUCUUCUUCCUGACUAGUUAAAGAAGUCCAGCGCCUUGUCAGAGUUUGGAUCAUAUAGCCUGUGGGCCCAGAGGGAAGCCUCCUCUCAGCUGUGUCUUGGUAGCCUCUGUCCUCCCCUCCCCCAGUCUUGAGACUCUGGAUUCUCUCCGACUGUUGGAGGGUUUACGCUUGAGUUUUAGACGGAAGUAAAGCAGUGGUCUCAAGUCGCAGUCCUCUGGACGCAGGGGCAGUUAAACAUUGGAUGUAAUGGAACUGAUGUUCGCCGAGUGGGAGGACGGGGAGAGGUUCUCCUUCGAAGACUCGGACCGGUUCGAAGAAGACUCUCUGUGCUCCUUCAUCUCAGAGGCCGAGAGCCUGUGUCAGAACUGGAGAGGAUGGAGGAAGCAGUCUGCUGGACCCAACUCCCCUACUGUCAAAAUUAAAGAUGGUCAGGUGAUUCCUCUGGUAGAGCUGUCAGCAAAGCAGGUAGCAUUCCACAUCCCGUUUGAGGUGGUGGAGAAGGUCUACCCCCCUGUCCCAGAACAGCUCCAGCUUCGCAUUGCCUACUGGAGCUUCCCUGAAAAUGAAGAAGACAUCAGGUUAUAUUCCUGUCUGGCUAAUGGGAGUCCAGAUGAAUUCCAACGUGGAGAGCAACUCUACAGGAUCCGAGCAGUCAAAGACCCACUACAGAUCGGCUUCCAUCUCAGUGCUACAGUAGUGUCCAGUCAGGCUGGUCAGUCUAAGGGAGCAUACAAUGUGGCGGUCAUGUUUGAUCGCUGCCGCAUCACUUCCUGUAGCUGCACCUGCGGCGCGGGGGCCAAAUGGUGUGCCCAUGUGGUGGCACUGUGCCUGUUCAGGAUCCAUAAUGCAUCAGCAGUUUGUCUGAGGGCUCCGGUCUCUGAGUCUCUGUCCAGGCUGCAGAGGGACCAGCUGCAAAAGUUUGCCCAGUACCUCAUCAGUGAGCUGCCUCAGCAGAUCCUGCCCACAGCCCAACGGCUACUUGAUGAGUUGCUCUCUUCUCAGUCUACUGCCAUCAACACAGUGUGUGGAGCUCCAGACCCGACAGCAGGACCCUCAGCAUCUGAUCAGAGCACAUGGUGUUUGGAUGAGUCUACUCUCAGUGACAACAUAAAAAAGACUCUGCACAAGUUCUGCGGGCCUUCACCUGUUGUAUUCAGUGAUGUAAACUCCAUGUACUUGUCAUCCACGGAGCCGCCAGCUGCUGCUGAGUGGGCAUGUCUGCUGCGACCUCUGAGAGGCAGAGAGCCAGAAGGCAUUUGGAACCUUUUGUCCAUUGUCAGGGAGAUGUUCAAGAGACGAGACAGCAAUGCAGCUCCACUGCUCGAGAUCCUCACUGAGCAGUGCCUCACCUACGAACAGAUCAUUAGCUGGUGGUACAGUGUUCGAACAUCAGCGUCCCACAGCAGUGCCAGUGGUCACACUGGGCGCAGCAAUGGCCAGUCAGAGGUGGCUGCUCACGCCUGUGCCAGCAUGUGCGAUGAGAUGGUGGUGCUCUGGAGACUUGCUGUGCUUGACCCGACGAUGAGCCCUUGCAGGCGUCUUGAACUUGCAGUCCAGCUGAAGCAGUGGCAUCUAAAGGUAAUUGAAAUAGUGAAGCGGGGGCAACAUCGCAAGUCCCUGGAUAAACUAUUCCAGGGCUUCAAACCCGCUGUAGAGUCCUGCUACUUUAACUGGGAAGUGGCCUACCCACUCGAUGGAAUAACCUACUGCAGUGCAGAUAAGAAGAGUGCCACAUUUUGCUGGUCUAGGGCAGUUCAACACCAGAGAGGAGUCAAAGCUGCUGCAGGAGGAGUUGGAGAACCUCCUGAACCAGGGGGAGGGGGCAGAGCUGAAGGUGGAGCUGUAGGAGAUUAUAAAGGAAGAGGGAGUGGUCACUUGUCUCAACAAGAAUUGGCAGUCCGACCCAAGGAGACCAUUCUAACCAAGAGGAAGGGUCUGACAGUGAGUGGAGGGGGAGGGAUGCUGGUCCGUUUGGGAGGGAGUGUCUCUCUUGCCCUGGAAGAAGGAGGUGGGAAGUGCAUGUACAAAGGUCCAGGCUCCUCCUCUGGAGGGAAGCUGAAACUGACACAGGCAGGUGGAAAGGGGGCAUCGGUAGGAGGACCUGGAGGGAGUGGAGCGUUAGGAGGGGGAAAGCAUGCCAGUGCUAAGCGGAGAACCAGCAGCGAGGACAGCUCCCUGGAGCCAGACUUGGCUGAGCUCAGUCUGGAUGAUGGCUGUAGUCUGGCUUUGGGGGCUGAGGCAAGCAACACUUUUGAGUUUCUACCCCCACCCCCAGAAAUGCUGCCAUCUCCAAGCCCACUGCUCAGAGACUCACGCAAGUACAAUAGCACCAACGGAGGGAACAAGAUGUUUGAAACAAAGCGUGUCAGCCUUAGCUCUGCUGCACUUCCUAUUGCAGAGACUGCUCCAUCCUGCUUCCCUUCCAAAGAGACAGUGGUGGUUGUUAUGGACAAGCCCAAUGCUGCAGAAAAGGAAGCAGAGCUGGAAAUUGAGUCUGUCCAGAACAGAGAUGAAGAUGUAGACUCAGCUGGCAGUAAUCAACCCUCUACCUCCACCACUACAACAAGAUCAGGCCCCACUCAAACAUCAGCCAAGGACCAGCAGGGCCACGAAGAAGCAGCGUCUGCUCGAGCAGCGGAAGCAGGGAGUGGUACAGCAGCUGCAGCUGGGCCAGCUAACCAAGGAGCAGAGGCACCAGGGGCAGCUGCUGGAGGAGAAGCUGUGGGUGAGGAUGACUAUCAGGCAUACUACCUGAGUGCUGCCUCAGAGGAGGGAGCAGACAGACAGUUGACUGACAACCAUCAGGAGGAGGAGCCGGACAUCUUUGCAGGAAUCAAACCGCUGGAUCAGGAGGGACGCAUGGAGGUGCUGUUUGCAUGUGCAGAGGCCCUUUAUGCUCAUGGUUACAGUAAUGAGGCGUGCCGGCUGGCAGUGGAGCUGGCCAGAGACCUGCUAGCCAACCCUCCUGACCUGAAAGUGGAGCAGCCACAGACUAAGGGUAAGAAGAGCAAAGUGUCGACCAGCCGUCAGACGCAGAUAGCCACCAACACACUGUCGAAAACUUCCUUUCUCCUCACUGUUCUCAGUGAACGUCUGGAGCUCCACAACCUGGCCUUCAGCACCGGCAUGUUCUCCCUGGAGCUCCAGAGACCACCGGCGUCUACCAAAGCUCUGGAGGUGAAGCUGGCCUACCAGGAGUCCGAGGUGGUGGCUCUAUUGAAGAAGAUUCCUCUGGGCCUGGUGGAGAUGUCGGUGAUCAGAGAGAGAGGAGAGCAGCUCAGAGACGGAAACUUCUGUGAUUACAGACCUGUUCUGCCUCUCAUGUUGGCCAGCUUCAUCUUUGAUGUACUUUGUACCCCAGUCGUGUCCCCAACAGGUUCCCGUCCACCUAGUCGCAACCGUAACAAUGAGAUGCCAGGUGAUGAGGAGCUGGGCUUUGAGGCUGCUGUUGCUGCACUUGGUAUGAAGACCACAGUCAGUGAAGCAGAGCAUCCUCUACUGUGUGAAGGAACUAGACGGGUGAAAGGUGACCUGGCUCUGGCUCUCAUGAUCACUUACAAGGAUGACCAGAGCAAGCUUAAGAAGAUACUGGAUAAGUUGUUGGACAGGGAGAGUCAGACCCACAAGCCUCAGACUUUAAGCUCAUUUUAUUCCAGCAAGCCAACAGCUGGCAGCCAGCGCAGCCCAUCCAAACACACUGCUUCUGGCCACAGUGGAGGGGGCGGAGCCACAGGGGGUGUAUCUAAACACGCUCCUUCAUCUUCCUCUGCGACCACUGUGGCAGCCUCUUCCUCCAGCUCUACGUCUGCUGUGACAAUGGCUGGUGAAGAGGUGCCUCAUCAGGCGGAACCCAACCCAGUUUCGAACAGUGCCGCAGGGGAGAGUACUGCUGAGACCAGGGGGCAUGUAUCAGAUGGGCCUCCUCCACCGAGUGACCAGCAUAGUGAAACAGCUCCGUUUAAGCUGGAGGCCACCGUACCUAGUCGGCUAGCGCUGGGGGCGCGCUGUGGUUACAGCCAACGCUGCUGGGGCUCACCAGUCCGUCAGAAGAAGAAACACACUGGCAUGGCGAGUAUUGAUAGCAGUGCUCCAGAGACAACCUCCGACAGUUCCCCCACCCUUAGCCGCAGACCGCUCCGGGGUGGCUGGGCAGCAACAUCUUGGGGGCGUGGCCAGGACAGUGAUAGCAUCAGCAGUUCAUCCUCUGAUUCGUUGGGCUCUUCCUCCUCCAGUGGCUCUCGUAGGGCUGGUGGUGGGGCCAGAGCCAAGAGCAAUGACACCAGCAGGUACAAAGGACGACGUCCAGAGUGCCAUGCCCCCCAUGUCCCCAACCAGCCGUCAGAGGCAGCAGCCCAUUUUUACUUUGAACUCGCCAAGACGGUUCUGAUCAAAGCUGGAGGAAACUCCUCAACUUCCAUUUUCACCCAGCCCUCUGCCAGUGGGGGCCACCAGGGGCCCCACAGAAACCUGCACCUGUGUGCCUUUGAGAUUGGCCUGUAUGCGCUUGGCCUCCACAACUUUGUCUCACCCAACUGGCUGUCCAGGACCUACUCCUCACAUGUGUCCUGGAUAACUGGCCAGGCCAUGGAGAUCGGCAGUGCUGCUCUCAAUAUUUUGGUGGAGUGCUGGGAUGGUCACCUUACCCCUCCAGAGGUGGCAUCCCUAGCAGACCGAGCCUCGCGGGCCAGGGACCUCAACAUGGUUCGUGCAGCAGCGGAGCUGGCCCUAAGCUGCUUGCCACAUGCUCAUGCCCUAAAUCCUAAUGAAAUACAGAGAGCCCUGGUGCAAUGCAAAGAGCAGGACAAUGUGAUGCUGGAGAAGGCCUGCAUGGCAGUAGAGGAAGCAGCCAAGGGGGGAGGUGUGUAUCCUGAGGUUUUGUUUGAGGUCGCUCACCAGUGGUACUGGCUGUAUGAGCAGUCAGUGGGCGGGGGCUCAGGUCAGCAGAGGGAGACCUCUGGGCGCUGUGGGGCAAAUGGGGGGUCGGGCAGAAGGCUCAUGGAAUCCAGCUGUGGUGUUCAUGACAGUGGGGUAAACAUGGAGUCUUCGGGGGUUGCAACUGUCACAGCCUCAGUCACUACAGCAACCGUUGUACCCGUCAUCUCCGUGGGCUCCACCAUCUACCAGUCCCAUGCCAUGCCUGGGCAGGCCAUCGUUCACCCACACAGCCAAGGCCUCCACCCCUACGCCACCAUCCAGGCUCAUCUCCCCACCGUCUGUACUCCCCAGUACCUGGGACAUCCUCUGCAGCAUGUCCCCCGACCCACGGUCUUCCCUGUGUCUGGGGCUGCGUAUCCACAGGGAAUGCACCCAGCCUUCAUCGGGGCCCAGUUCCCUUUCACAGUGGCCACUGGCCCCCAGCCACCUAUGGCAGCCACAGCUGUGACUUUCCCUGGUGUCCCCGUACCGUCCAUGACUCAGAUCGCCGUCCACCCUUACCACACUGAGACCGGCCAGCCCCUUAGCACCACUGUAGCAGUAGGCAGCGUCCACACCGGCCCCACCAUCCAGACCAUCCAGGGAGCAUCUUUACCCUCUCUCUGCUCUCAGCCAGGCUCAUUGGUCAACAAUCCUUUCCCAGCAGAGGAUGAGCAGCACAGCCAGCCAAUCAGCCAGCAGGGUCUGCACUACCUUCACUCUGCCUACAGAGUUGGUAUGCUAGCAUUGGAAAUGCUGGGCAGGAGGGCUCACAAUGAUCACCCCAACAACUUCUCCAGGAGUCCACCUUAUACUGAGGAUGUCAAAUGGCUGCUAGGACUAGCUGCAAGGCUAGGAGUCAACUACGUGUACCAGUUCUGUGUCGGAGCAGCAAAAGGUGUCCUUAGUCCAUUUGUCCUGCAGGAGAUCAUCAUGGAGGCCCUGCAGAGACUGAACCCAGCCCAUAUCCACGCUCAUCUCCGAACACCUGCUUUCCAUCAGCUCGUCCAGCGCUGCCAACAGGCCUACCUGCAGUACAUCCACCACCGGCUCAUCCACCUGACACCUGCUGACUAUGAUGACUUUGUCAACAUCAUCCGCAGCGCUCGCGGUGCUUUCUGCCUGACGCCUGUGGGUAUGAUGCAGUUUAACGAUGUGCUGCAGAACCUGAAGAGAGGCAAGCAGACGAAGGAGCUGUGGCAGCGUAUCUCCCUGGAGAUGGCAACCUUCUCCCCUUAAGCAGCUCCCUAGGCAAGGGUGUGCUGGGCCUGGGCCUGAAUCAAGCUUGACAAGUCCGACCUAGCGCCCCCUCAGCCUCUAACACUGCUACUGCCGCUGCACUGAGCUGGCCACAUUCUGUCUGGUUCUGUCAGGGAUCCUGUUCCCUGCGAUGUGGACUAGCAAACGCAGCACACAGGCAGGACAAUCAGCUCCUGUAACCCUGACAAACAGGGACUUCCUUUUUUAUCGGUGUGUCCCCCGACCUUGCCCUCCACUGGUCUUGACUGACUCUUCACUCUUGUUUUAUCAUAGUUUAUGUUUGUUUAACCGUGGAAUUUAAGUGUACUCCUACCUUUCUGCAGCUCAAUUAAUCUUUUCCAUUUCCCCUACACUGAAUACAUUUGAACGGGAUCUGUCACCCUACAUCCUCACUUAAUUUCCCAUGUUUAGUAGUUGAGUUUAGUUUUGUUUUGAAUUAAACCACUGAGCGUGAGUCAAUUUCAUGCUUCAACAUUCCUGUCCAGAGUGGUAGAUGCUGUGAGGCCCCAUUCAAGAAAUGUUUGUCACUAUGGAUCUGAAUCUUUGCAGUUUGGGAGAAAAGGAAGAUUAACAGGGAAAAAAGAUUUAAUAUUAGAAAAUAUAUUGUCAGUACAGGUGAGGAUUUUCUGUAUUUGUUUAAUCUUUUUUGAUAUUUUGUAUAGAAUCUGACGUUAUGGAGAGAGGAAUUGGAAGAGACCGAAUAUUAAAGGUUGGUUUGUUGUGUUGGAUCCACAUUUACAUUUCAGUGCGCCUGAGGAGCAAUGUGAACUCAGCUCCAGACCAAAACCUGAGGCCAGUAAAUGCUGAUGGGCCACGCAGAGCCACUGAGGGUCUUCUCCAUGGUCACUCUUACUCUGUGUUAGAACAUCAUCAGUUGGGCUGAGUAUCGUUUGACUUUUUUUUUUUUUAGAUCAAAUUUUUGGGAUCUCCUAAAGGUAACACAUCUAGGAAUAUAUAAUGUUCUUUUAUCCUGUCCUGUUAAGGGCUCAACAUAUUUUCAGUAUCAAUCUUAACAGAUUUUUUUAGAAAAAAUAACAAAAUUGGGAUUCACAUGAAGCGAAAGGAAGAGUUUACAUGAAAUGGAUAAGAAGCAUUCAAUGCCACCAUUUUUUGAUCAUCAUCUUUUCAGCAUUCAAGUGAUUGACAAGUUCAAACAAAGACAGGAGUAGCUGGUGAAGAUGACAGUCCCACAUACUUCCCCAUCAAAAUGUGGGGUAGAAGCAGUGCACUGAUUCUGGAUUUUGUGAAGUUAAACAGACUUUGAUUUGUAAAACUAAGUUUUCCUAAGGUUUUACAAGGGAUAGCAUUUGGUUUGGCAUCUCGCGGGGAAGCAUGUGGGGUUGUCCCACAGUGGACAGAAAGGGACAUUGUCUCAUUUUCAGCCAUCUCCUUCAAAGUUCACACUUCAACAAUGUGUUCAUGUAUUAAAAGGAGACUCAGUGGCCUGGCUAUGGAAAGUCCUGCUUCACACAAUUCCACUCACCUGGAUCUGUGUGCUUAGCUUGUAGACCAUGGUGCUGUUACUUUCCAUCUUUGUCCAGGCACCUGCUGUGGUUCUGAACGUGCCUCUUUGAUCAGCUUUGGGCCUCACAGGCGAAGGUGACUAAGUAGAAAAUGUACUGUGAUAUUUUUGUAUUCCUCAAAAAGUGUAGCUUGAUUGAAAUGUUCUAUAUGUACUGAUUGCAAAAGGUUCUAAAUUAGUGUGAAAAGAAUAAAUACAAAUAUUAAAGCAAUACUGAAUGUGUAGAGUUUACUUAAUAAAGACAAUUAAAAUGA